GCCGAAUCCCGACCCCAGGAGCCUUUGUCGGGGGCCCCUGGACUAUGACGGUCGGGUUCGGUUCACUUGCUACGCGGGACGCCGGCUCCUUAUUGUCUUUUAGCGUCUUCCGGCCAGUGGGGGGGACGGCAAACGCCGUUCGUCGGCAGCAGCAGGUAGUCUCUGCUUCCAGGGCCCGGCUGGAGGGCUAGAGCAGCGGGUUAUCCUCCGGUGGCGCGGUGGUCGUGUCACCGUCGUAUCACUUUCCAGAACUGGCGACCCUCCCACGCAGCAGAUCGCUCGCGACAACUGCAAGAAGCAAAAUCACCAGUAACAGCCCCCGGGCUUCCUUCCUUCUUGUGGUUACCCAGACUAUGUCGGCCUGCUCUGGGUCACUGGUUGUUUCCUUUUGUCGCGCUGCUGGCUGGGUCCCAAGAAGAUGGCUGCACUCGGAAGCUGUCCAAAGCCAGUGGGUGGUGCAGGCUCGGGUGGAAGCUGCAAACCCGAUGACUGCAAACCCGAUGACAGCAAUAAACUGGUGCCGAAGGGACUUCAACACGGAGACGACCAAGAGAGAACGCGGAGUUGGACAACCAUCAUGCUUUGUGAUGGAGUUUCAAAAAAUUCCCGGCUCUCAGUUCUCUCAGAAAAAAGUCCAAACGAGGACUCCCACACGCCGUGGGCACGGUGCAAUUAUUUCAACCGUGUUAAAUAAAACAGUAGUGUUCAUCUUCAGUGCAAGAAGUAUCUAUAAAGUUAAACGUAUGGUAAUGGUUCUUUUUACGCUCUUUACUCAAUGCUGGUUCUUGCUUUUUACGCUGGUUCUUAUUUUUACGCUGGUUCUUCUUCUUGCUCUUACGCUGGUUCUUCCUCAACAUCCUUUUCGAAAUAUACACACCAAAUUGUUCUUGCUCCUUUCGCAACAAACGACGUAG